GCAUGCUAGUCUCGUCGCGCAUUCAGACAGCGAAGUAGAGCCUUCGACGGUGCACGUGACUGGGUCGCCCUCGGACGCCUUGCUUACCCUCAAGGGCAAGGCUGCCCAGGUCUUUCUGACCAACUCCAAUUUCCAGAACCGGACGAAGGCAAGGAACAGCGACGGCCAGCAGGCCAAAUAAAGACAGAGAGGAGCGAGAAGCAGCGGCCGAGUAGCCCUGCAUCUUCCCAGUCGACGGCCAUCAGGGAAUCGAAUCCUUGCCCUUGUCACGCAUCUUCGCCUGGCAAAGCGCAACUGUCACAGUCAUCAUCACCACCCCAGAUGAGCCAAACAGCUUUGGGCGGCAAGACGAUUCACAACAUGUCCACGUCAUCGCUUUCACGGAGGGCGCUGCCACCGCCACCUCUCACGCUUGCACCGUUGCCGUCACUAGCGAAGCGAGCGCGCCGCAAAGCAUCUAUCAAAGGCGAAGCGUCGCCCAAACUUGAGAUAGCGUUUCCGCAACAAUCGACUCAGUCGCAAGUGCAAAACAAACCUUACCAGCAGGCUCAGGCUCUGGACCGUCCUCCGCCUUCGGCCAGCCUGCCUGUGCAAGCAGAGAGCGAAGACGACGAGCCUGUGCACCGCCGAUCACGCGCCUCCACCUGCCACCAGUGCUGCUCGCCGUACGUUAGGUGCAACUUGACUUACGAUGUGACCGACGGUCAAGAGUUUGUCCUACAAGAAGCGCUCGACAGCGCAGAUGCUGAGUUCUGGUACACGGACGACGCCGCGACGACGAACUCCGGCACGAGUGUGAGUUUGAGCCAUAAUCUCAGCCUCGGGCAUGCCGACCCCAUUGCAGACGGCGCAAGAGGGGGGUACAACGCCCGCGUAGCAGGCGGACACCAGCUGCAGAGGGAGUCCAGCUACUCGACUUUUGGUCGUGUCUAUGCCGACAUGUCCUCCGCGGACGCCAGAAGCGACAAGUACGGCCUCCCGCCAAGUGACACGUCGGUUCCCAACUCGGCAAUCGAAGAGUCCGACGCACACGAGGACUACCAGAAGCAAGCAUUCAACCGCAGCGCAAAGGGCAAGAGGCGUGCUACCAAUUCGUAUGAGCGAGCCAAGCGGGAACAUCAAGACGCGCAAAAGAACACAACGACGCGCGCGAGCACGACACCGAGCGAGGCAGAGCGUUACGCCAAACUCCACCGAAUAACGACGCUGAAUACGGCGACCGCGGCUGCGCAUACCUCCACGGACAGUGAGGCGGAUGCCUACCCGAGCGACGCAGCGGAUGUCGUCGAUGUCGACACAGCCUUUUCUGGCUAUCCCGCUGACGAGGAUAUGGUCGACGACAGCGACGACAGCGACGACAGCGACGACGACGAUCUGGUCGAGAACGACGAGCGGCGCGUCUCCAUCACACCUGCGAGCCCCUCUUCCACUCGCACAAGCAUUUCUGGCUACAAGGCAGCACGCCCGCUGCCCAUUCCACCGUCACCCUCGUCUGUUCAUGCCUCGCGGGCUUCACCAAGCGCAACGGCAGUUGGCUCGUCCCCUAGCACGGCAUCACAGGGGACCAACCCGCGUCCGCUGACGAUCCUGACCCCGAUCCAGCUGUGGGAGCAAGAGCCGUUCCUCGCCUUUCGUGGAUCCUUCGUGUCGUUUGAGAAGGAGUUCGACCCCAAGUUCUUCGCGGCUCCCAACGAAGGCACCGAAUGCAAACCGCUCACACCGACAAGGAUCUCGCGGCCUUUUGCUCAGCUACAGUCUGAUUUGCUUCUCACGCAUGAACAAGCUGAUGUCGUAGCGAAACCAGAGAUGCCGCGCCGAGGGGCCACACUCGCUCCAUCCGAAGAAUCAGCUCGGCAGCAGCAUGCAACUGCGUCAGUCCAAGCCGCGAGCGCACCGUCCAGAACACCUGGCGCAAGCUCGAGUAUCUCUCCUCCAACUACUUUCAAGCGUAACCCUGCACCAGCCCCGCGAUUCUUCGUGCCGACAGAGGCGGUGCUACAGUUAUCUGACUCAGAGUCGCAGAUGCAGUCUCAGCAUCUGCAGGCAGCGUCGGCCUCGGUAGAGAAAGACUUGCCUCCUUUGCCACCUCCAGUAUCAGCCCCACGCGCGUUGCACGUCAGAUCCAGUCGCUUCUUGCGUACACCUGGCUUCAGGCCGGGCUCGGCGCUUGCACCCACUCGGACCGAUUUGGCAGGCCAAAGUCAGCGGAAUUUGCACUUGGCGCCUCCGGCCGCUGCUGUGCGACAAGGUGACGCAGCGUCUGCGCCAGAGUCAACCAGCGUCAGCGGUGUCAUUGCUGCGGCUCACAGAGUGCCUCCUCCCGCUCCGUCCACUUCUGCUGCGUCGGCCACGUCGGCUGCCGAGCUUGAAGAGCUCAAGUCCUUCCCAACGCUUCAUCGCUCAGACAUCAGCGGCUCUAGCGUGCAGCCACCUUCGAUGAAGGGCGACUUUUUUCCGUGGAAACCGGUGGAGCCACUGUCACUUUCCCGUCAAACCAACUUUGGUGCUCUUGUUCGAGCUCGGACAAGGACAUUCUCGAAUGAAAAGAGCGAAGACAGUAUGAAACGUGUCAAGCCACCUGCUGUCGGGAACAAUUCCCAGCAAGGGCCACCGCAAGCACCACAGCAAGCAACACCGCAAGCACCAUCGCAAGUAACACAGCAAGCAACACCGCAAGUACCACCGCAAGCACCACAGCAAGCAUCACCGAAAGCACGACAGCACGCAUAUGCGCCACAGCAUGCAUUCCACGUCGAGUCUGCUGUUUCUCCUGCCCCUCGCCCUUCCAGACGACGUGUCGAAAAGAUUCUGCCUCUGCCACUUACAGACAGGACCACCCGCCGACGAUCCCGCCCCUUUCCCCUCUCGCCGGACCACAUCCGAGACGAAGUGCGCAACUCGAACUCCAUCUGGCGUGCACCGCAGUGGCAACCUCCGCGCGCAAAGUCUCGCAUGGGGACAUCGAUUCGCAUCGGUAGCGUUAGACAAACCGGGCGACAACUCUCAAACAGGCUCACACGUCGGAGGCAGCAGAUGCUUUGCUCCAUGCCAGAUGAUGAUGAUUCUGAAGUCGAGGAGGUCAAUGUAGCUCUCAGUAGGAUGGUGACGCGGACGCGCAAAGGGUCCAUCAGCUCAAUUACCGAGAGUGUCGAGAAUGCUCUCGCUCCCUUCCGCAAGGCCAUCGCAGAUGUCGUACAUGCUGCUGCUGCAAAGUCGGGCAACCCGCUCUCACGGAUGCCGACUGUACGGAUGGCCACAGCAGGCGAGCCGAGUAAGCCCAAGGAAGCGACUUCACCUGCCUGCUUCCCUAGCUCUCAGGCUCUCGCCGAGAGCGAUGCUGAGGAAGAUUGGCCAGCGCCCAGCCUCCGUGGCUCGGUCAAGCGGCAUCCUCGUUAUGAUGAUGAUCUGCCUCCACUUCCUCCUGCCUCGCCGGACGCAGACGCUAGACCUCGCAAAAGUUUGUACCCAUUCGAGUAUCUGUCAACGUCUAUCAUUGCGGGCGACUCUCCUCCUCCGCUGCCUUUCAACACUCUGGCUUCUGGUUCAAAAGAAGAGCCUGUCAUCACCGAAGCGGCGUCCGCUCCAUCGUCACUCGACGGCCACCACCGCUCUCGAGUCAGUGUCCCCGCAUCAGCGUCUUUGGAUGGCCACAUGAAGCCUGGGUUACUGUCGUCCUCCGGGGGGCUUCGCGGUGCCGGAUUCUCUCCUAGCGCGCCAAUCGUGCGCACAAAGCGCUGGCGUGAGGCCUACGAGCCUGGCCGGCUCUCGCGGAAGAGGUGUGUGUCGCUUCGCGUCAAUACAGACAUACGUAGUCUCACACAGAACUUACAGAACGGAGUCAAGUUUCAGUAAGCUAGGCUCUUCCCAUGUACUGUACAACCAUGUCCUUGGCAGCAAUACAAGGAAUGCACUACUUCAUGAUACAAGGCCCAUCUCGGGGGCUGCCUCUAGAAGACCAUUGUCCUCCAGCAUUUCAUUCGACAUGGCAUCAGCUCCGCCUGCCG